GGUGGACAGCAGCACCCUGCGAUGUCGCCUGGUCCUGGGCAUUCGAGACUUUGCCAUCCAAGAUCGUGUGCACGGCAGCGUCUUUCAGCGGGUGCUGGCAUGCUUUGAGGAUGAGGAGAAGAAGCCCAGACCCAGCAUGUCGGACAUGUUGUACCUCAGAGUGGAUGAAUUGGUGCACGGCACAUCUGACCAGCCUGAUGCACCGCAGGAAGUGGCACCCGAGUACAGCGUGGAACUGCAAAUUCUCCCCUUGCAGCUGACGGUGGAUCAGGACACCCUGAAGUUUGCCGAGGAGUUCUGGCAGGACUGCUGCAUGUCCACCUAUGUGGAAGAGCCAGAUGGCGAGGACUAUGUUGCACAGGCUGGCAUCGUUGAGGAAAAUGAAGAUGAACUCCAUCCAGAUCCGAGCCAAGCCCUGAACUUUGGCCGCUCGCCCAAAGCUGGAAGCAGCGUGCCCCUGUUCUUUCAGGAGGUCAAGGUGGGCAGCCUUUUCGUGGCAAUAGACUACAAGGCCAAACGUAUCGAUACGGAGGCCCUGAAACGGGGCGAACUUUGGCAGCUGGUGAACGCACUUCCCAUUCUGGAGGGUUUGGAGGUGAGAUUCACAAAAGUGGUUGUCUAUCAGAAACGGGGCCUUGAGAAGGUUCUCAAUGAGGUGGCACAAUGCUGGGGCGCAGACUUAGACCGGACCCAGGUCUUGCGUUGCUUGUCGGGCAUCACCCCGAUCCGCUCCAUCGCCAACAUCAGUGGCGGCUUUGCGGAGAUGGUGCUGGAUCCCUUAAAGCAGUACCUCGCAGGUGAAGAUGCAGAACACGUCUCCAGGACCAUGCUACGAGGCGUCGUCUCCUUCCUUCGCCACGUCACCGUGGAGAGCAUCGAUCUCACCGAGCGGGUCUUCGUGGGAGCGCAGGCAGCGCUCGAAUAUGCCAACAGCCGCUUCACCAAGACCCCAGCGUCUGGAUCCAGGCCCAGCGAUGCCUUCAGCGCCGGGCGCGCCGGACCUCUGGAAGCCGACGCAGGCUUUGCAAGCUCCAGCUCAAGGGGCUCGGAGUGGUUGCCAGUGGAGCGAGGUUCUGCCAACUUCAUGCAACCUGGCGGUGCUGCGGAAGGACUUCAAGAGGCUGGCUCCAAUCUCACACAAGGCUUGCGCAAUACCGGACCUAUCCUGGUGAAGCCCUUCGUGGAGAUCAAGCAGGGCGCACCGAAGAAGCAGGUCCUACAAUCCGUGGUGAGUGGCAUUCCUGUGUGUAUCCUCCGACCAGCCAUAGGCGUCACCUCGGCGGCCGUCCCUGCCAUCCGAGGGGUUCGAAAUCGCUUGGAUCCAUCGCAUCGACGUGAAAUGGUGCGGAAGUACAGAGGCCCUGGCUGAGGCCACAGGCCACGCACCGCACGGCUCGUAUGUUCAGCGGAAAAAGUCAUGGCUGAAUGCUUGGGGCAAACGAAAC